AGGAUCCUCAGGUGGCCAGUCUGCUUCAUCACGACACGACUCUGAUCCCAAGUCUGGAGAGAUCCAAAACAAGACCUGGACUGCAGACAGCCAGUCAGACCGGCACUGUGCAAAUGCCUGGUGGUCUGCAGGAGGUUUUAGAUGAACAUAAGAUCAGUCUGAGAAGGAGAUGUGAACGUGAGACUGAAGGAAGUGAUGGAAGAGGAAGUGGAACCCUCCUCAACAGGAUCUACACUGAGCUCUACAUCACAGAGGGACAGAGUGAAGAGGUUAAUACCCAACAUGAGCUGAUGCAGCUGGAGACAGCUUCCAAGAAGAAGACCAUCCAUGACGCUCCAAUCAAGUGCCAGGACAUCUUUAAAGCCUUACCUGACCAACAGGGACCCAUCAGAGUGGUUCUGACAAACGGCGUCGAUGGCGUUGGAAAAACCGUCUCGGUGCAGAAGUUCAGCCUGGACUGGGCAGAGGGUUUGGAGAACCAAGAUGUCAGUGUGGUGAUUCCGCUUUCGUUCAGGGAGCUGAACUUGAUCAGAGAUGAGCAGUACAGUCUUCUGGAGCUGCUCCAUGUUUUCCAUCCAACAUUACAGAAGGUCCCAGCAGAGAAGCUCGCCAUCUGUAAACUUUUGUUCAUCUUUGACGGCCUGGAUGAAAGCAGACUUUCACUGGAUUUCAACAACGAGGAGGUUGUGUCUGAUGUCACACAGAAGUCAUCGGUCAAUGUGUUGCUGACAAACCUCAUCGAGGGGAAACUGCUUCCCUCGGCUCUCGUCUGGAUAACUUCCCGACCCGCGGCGGCCAAUCAGAUCCCACCUGCAUGUGUUGACAGGGUGACAGAAGUACGAGGCUUCACUGACGCCCAGAAGGAUGAGUACUUCAGGAGGAGGUUCAGAGAUGAAGAGUGCUCCAGCACAAUCAUCUCACACAUCCAGACAUCCAGGAGCCUCCACAUCAUGUGUCUGAUCCCAGUCUUCUGCAGGAUCACUGCUACAGUUCUGGAACACAUGUUGACUACAGAGCAGAGAGGAGAGCUGCCCAAGACCCUGACUGACCUGUACUCACACUUCCUGCUGGUUCAGACCAAGAAGAAGAAGAAGAAGCAGAAUUAUGAUGAGGGACAUGAGACGAGUCCACAGGAGCUGAUGGAGGCUGACAGAGAAGUUCUUCUGAAGCUGGGGAGGCUGGCGUUUGAAGAGCUGCAGAAAGGAAACAUAACGUUCUACCAAGAAGACCUGGAGCGCUGUGGUCUCCAUGUCACUGAGGCCUCGUUGUACUCAGGAGUUUGCACAGAGCUCUUCAAAAGAGAGAGUGUGAUCUUCCAGAAAACAGUCUACUGCUUUGUUCAUCUGAGCGUUCAGGAGUUUCUGGCUGCAGUCUACAUGUUCCACUGUUACACCACCAGGAACACAGAGGUACUGGAUGCUUUUCUGUGGACCGACUGGGAGAAUGAAUACAUUGACCUGUCCCUGGAUGUCUUCCUGAGGAGAGCCAUGGAGAAGUCCCUUGAAAGUAUAAAUGGUAACCUGGACCUGUUUGUUCGCUUCCUUCAUGGCCUCUCUCUGGAGUCCAACCAGAGACUGUUAGGAGGCCUGCUGGGUCAGACAGACAACAGUCCAGAAGUCAUCCAGAGAGUCAUCAACAACCUGAAGAAUAUGAACACUGAUGAAUCUCCUGACAGAAGCAUCAACAUCUUCCACUGUCUGACGGAGAUGAACGACCUCUCAGUACAUCAGGAGAUCCAAGAGUUCCUGAAGUCAGAGAACAGAUCAGAGAAGGAACUCUCUGAGAUCCACUGCUCAGCUCUGGCCUACAUGCUGCAGAUGUCAGAGGAGGUUCUGGAUGAGUUGGAAUUGGAGAAGUACAAGACCUCAGAGGAGGGACAGCAGAGACUGCUUCCAGCUGUGAGGAACUGCAGGAAAGCUGUAAUUCCUGCCUGUGGGCUCUCAUACACCCACUUUGAAAUUGUGGCCUCAGCUCUGAAGUCCAAGCCCUCCCACCUGAGGGAGCUGGACCUGGAUCACAACCACAACGUAAAGGAUUCAGGAGUGAAGCAGCUGUGUGUCGGACUGGAGAGUCCGAACUGCAGACUGGAGACUCUGAGAUUUAGGAGAUGCAGUUUGUCAGAGAUCAGCUGUGCUUCUCUGGCCUCAGCUCUGAAGUCCAACCCCUCCCAUCUGAGAGAGCUGCAGCUGAACAACAACAAGCUGAAGGAUUCAGGAGUGAAGCACCUUUGUGAGUUUCUGCAGAGUCCAAAUUGCAGACUGAAGACCCUGGGAUUGAGGAGCUGCAGUUUGUCAGAGAUCAGCUGUGCUUCUCUGGCCUCAGCUCUGAAGUCCAACCCCUCCCAUCUGAGAGAGCUGGAGCUGAGCAACAACAAGCUGAAGGAUUCAGGAGUGAAGGACCUGUGUGAUUUUCUGCAGAGUCCAAACUGCAAACUGGAGACUCUGAGAUUGUUGGACUGCAGUUUGUCAGACGUCAGCUGUGCUUCUCUGGCUUCAGCUCUGAAUUCCAACCCCUCCAGUCUGAGAAAGCUUGACCUGAGCUUCAACAAGCUGCAGGAUGCAGGAGUGAAGCUGCUGUGUGAUCUUCUGGAGAGUCCAGACUGCAGACUGAAGACUCUUGGAUUGAUUUACUGCAGUUUGUCAGAGAACAGCUGUGCUUCUUUGGCCUCAACUCUGAAGUCCAACCUCUGCAGUCUGAGAGAGCUGGACCUGGGCCUCAACAAGCUGCAGAAUUCAGGAGUAAAGCUUCUGUCGGCUGGACUGAAAAGUCCAAACUGUAGACUGGAGUUUCUGGGAUUGUGGUGCUGCCGUUUGUCAAGGACCAGCUGUGCUUCUCUGGCCUCAGCUCUGAAGUCCAACCCCUCCCAUCUGAGAGAGCUGGAGCUGAGUGUAAACAAGCUGCGGGAUUCGGGAGUGAAGCAGCUGUGUGUUGGACUGGAGAGUCCAAACUGCAGACUGGAGACUCUGAGGUGA